ACUCCGCGAUGGUGACUGCGGGAGGCUUCACGUGAACGUUUACCUCGCAAUAACAAAAAAAAAACAAAAAAAACUUCACAGUGCUCACCUUGGCGUUCAGGUGUCACGUUAAAGCUGUUUCUACCUCGUACCUUCCGCGGGUGCUUCAGCUACUUCUCUAUUGUUCGGUUUAGUGUUACUUUUAUUUUUUUGUUGUUUAGUUUGUGCUCAGAUGACGGCGCAGGUAGAUUACCUGGCGGUGGUUUUCACCGCCACAUCUGGCGCGGCCGGAGAGCUGCUGGGCUCUGAUGAGAAAGAACUGGUGCGGUUGGUUUGGCAGCUGGUGAAUGUCAAGAAUAAAACGUUGGGCAAGGUGAAUGAGCUCAUCAUCAAGCCUAACCUCUCAGACUUGACAGACAAAGAAGAGGAGGAAGAUGAUGUUGUGGAGAAAAGCGAGGAGGAGGAGGAGGAGGAGGAGCAGGAGGAGAAGAGUUUGCACAGAGCUGACUGCGUUUACACAGUAACAAGUCUCGACAGUGCUUUUGACACGUUUAACCUGCAGCUGACGAACGAGGUGAACAGUGCGGGCGCGGGCACGUCGUUGUGUUUGUGUACAGACGGGCAGCUCCACAUCCGUCAAGUGAUUCACCCCGAGGCUGCGAGCAAGAACGUCCUGGUCCCCGACUCUUUCUACUCCUUCUUCGACCUUCGGAAGGUGUUCAAGAACCACUUCCCCACCUCUGACCUCAAGGCACUGAAUGUGCACGUCAUGGCCGAGUCUCUUAGUAUACCUAUGAAUGUUCCCACCGUGUGGGAUCCCUCGGCUACUCAUGAGCCGUCGGCUGUUUUGCCCCCAACGGCGGCCGUAGAGCAGCUCCAGCUUAUGGCCAGCAUUGUUCUUGCACUGCUCUCUGAGCCAUUUUGCCACACAUUUUCUAACCCAGAAAGAGUCAGCGAUAGAUUUGAAAAUGGCACUUGCAGUAAGCUGGAGAAAGUGUGUGACAACACAGUGAUCAGAGCCAGAGGGUUGCCUUGGCAGUCGUCAGACCAGGACAUCGCUCGAUUCUUCAGAGGCCUCAACAUCGCCAAAGGAGGGGCUGCGCUGUGUCUUAACGCUCAAGGAAGGAGGAAUGGCGAAGCCCUCGUUCGUUUUGUCAGUGAAGAACACCGAGACUUGGCCCUGCAGAGGCACAAACACCAUAUGGGCAACAGAUAUAUAGAGGUUUAUAAAGCAACAGGAGAAGACUUUCUGAAGAUAGCAGGAGGAACCUCCAACGAGGUGGCGAUGUUCCUGUCGCGCGAGGACCAGAUCAUCGUGAGGAUGCGGGGCCUCCCCUUCGACGCCACGCUCAGUCAAGUGCUGGACUUCUUCUGUCCGCGGGACGAGCUAAAAGAGACGUGUCCGGUCAGCGGAGGGACGGACGGCAUCUUAUUCGUCCGCUACCCGGACGGGCGUCCCACUGGAGAUGCUUUUGUGCUGUUUGCCUGUGAGGAGCAUGCUCAGUGCGCUCUGAGGAAACACAAGGACAUGCUGGGGAAAAGAUACAUCGAGCUGUUUAAAAGUACGGCGGCAGAGGUGCAACAGGUACUGAACCGGUACUCGUCGCCCCCGCUCAUCCCCGUGGCUCCGGCGCCCCUGGUGUCAGUGCUGCCCUCAGUUUCUCUCCUGCCCCCUCCAGGUAGUGCGAGGGACUGCUUGAGGCUGAGGGGGCUGCCGUACACGGCGAGCAUCGAGGACAUCCUCACCUUCCUGGGCGAGUUCACACAAGAUGUGAGACCGCACGGAGUGCACAUGGUGCUCAACCAGCAGGGUCGUCCGUCUGGUGACUGCUUCAUCCAGAUGACUUCGGCGGAGCGUGCACUUCAGGCCUCGCAGCGGCUUCACAAGCACGUGAUGACCAGUCAGCGUGGGGCGAACAGCCGCUAUGUGGAGGUGUUCCCCUGCAGCGCCGAGGAGAUGGGCCUGGUGCUGAUGGGAGGCUCGCUCUCACACACGCACACACACAAACAUAACCGGAGCAGAAGUGGGACAGGGCUCAGCCCGCCGCCAUGUAAGUUCAGACGUCUAUCACCACCAUCCUACUCCUUCGCCCCCAUUCCACCCGUCCUGCCCACAGAAGCUGCUGCUGCUCUCUACCCCCCCCUCGGGCAGGUGCUGUUGACCCCUCGACCUCUCCCACCAGGACAUGCCUUCUACCCUGCUUCAGCACAGUUGUACAUGAACUACACGGCCUACUACCCCAGCCCGCCAGGCUCCCCAACGACUGUAGGUUUUUUCCCCGCCGCCUCGUCUCUUUCGUCGCCGGCAGGGUUGGUGCGAAUGCCAGGCCUGGCCUAUAACGGCAGUGGAGUUAAAGAGCUUAUCAAUGCAGUGCAAGGAUACCAGUACGCCCCCGAGGAUGCUCUUGUGCAUGGACCCGUGCACGCUCACGACCCAGCCAGGACGUUUCUUACGCAGCCCAAAGAAUGGGGUCCCGCGGAGUCCGUUUCCUUCCUGAGCAGCAGUCUGAUUGGUCAGUCCAGUGGAGAAGUUCCUCUCAUGGCCCUCCCUCCCCUCCUGACCAAACCAGGGGAGCAGUACCUGGAUCUGACCCUGCUGUAG